GAACGGUCGACGUUCGAUUACUCGGGAGCAUGUGUCUAUCCUGAAUCGCUCCGUUCCCGCGGUUAAUACCUAUCUCUCCACAAAAACCUUGAUAAAAGUGGAACUUUCGCGAAAAUAAUAUCCGCUAAAAUGCGGUAAUAAUCGCUUAAAAAAUCGCCAAGAGUGAAAAAUUGAAUUGCCGAAGAGUUGAUUCCUUGUCUCGGUGUGUUUUGGAUCUAACAUUAUUCAUCAAUUUUUUUUAUCAUUCAUUUAUUGCAAAAUGAAUGAGUUUAUUCAACACCUUGGUUAUGCAGUUGCUACGUUACUCGUUUCAUUACGAGUUGUUUCUUCGCCGUGAACGACCUCUCACGAUUCAUCCCCACCCCAUCUGUUCUCAAAACCUGGCCGACUUGGAUGCACCAGAAGUACCGUACGGGUACAAAAUACCAAUUUUAUUUGGUUAUAUUUUUUUAAUCGAGAAUUCAAGUUGAGUUGGGCGAUUAUUCGACGAAGUGGGGACAAUGGAGGGGCAUUGCCGGGCGGUGGGAGAAGUGAGACUCUCGUUAUUAGCCGACUAUCUUCACGGAGAACGAAUUGUAGUAGUCGGUUAAUUUGUUUGAAGAAUUUUUUUUCCAUUUUAUUUGUGGAGAAACGUGAAAACAGGGACAAUUUCUUUUUUUGCUGAGGAGAUUCAGCAAUCGUGUGUGUGUGUGCCACUCCUACGAUUAUUCGGUGCGAGACAGCAAGUGGUGAACAGUCACGAGAUCUAACGCGCUGGUUCGUCUUGCAAUUAACGAUUUUUUUUUUCAAUAAUUUGAACUUGAAAAUUCGGAAAAUUGGGGAAUUGAUUUUGCUUUCAUCCGAAAGUAACAUAUACGGAUUAAAAAAUCAUGUGAAUGUGGAAAAUAAUAUCCGAUGAAAUCGUCAUUCGCAGAAUAAAAAUAAUACAUUAAAGUUCUGUUCGAUUUUCAAUCAAUUGAAAUCCUAAAAUUGACAUUCAAAUGAGUCGGUAAAUCCCAAUUAGAAUAGGAGUGAAAAUUUCGCCGACGUAUGCAUUUGGAAUUCUAUUUAAAACUCAAAACUAAAUUAAGAAUGAAAAAAAAAAUGAUACGUAGCACUUCGGAAGUUGUUCGGGGCGUUCGAUUCAUCGUUAUCUCCUUAGAAUAAUAAUGAUAAGAGUUCGUUCCGUUGUGACGAAUACAUAGGUACAAUCGGAGGCAUUUAUUUCAUACGAUUGUGAAAGUUUAAACCGUUCAGCCUGUACAUUAUCAAUUUUAUUGACUAAAAAAUCGUUAAACUGUUUUUAAUCUCUUUAUUCAAUGAGUGAAACGAGUUCUAUGACUCAAUGAACGAAAGACAAGAGCGGAAUUAUAAAUAGAAGUGAUAUAUUUAGCACAAUUCAUCAAUAGGAGCGUGAAGUGAAUGAUUUGACUUCUGAGAAGUGAAAAACAAUUUUUUGAAAAAUAAACAAAAAAGGGCAUUGAGUUAAUUAGAGUAGACGAGUGACCAUGAUGAAGUUCAAAUCGCUGUUUCGAAGAGGACAGCAAAGCCACUUGCCCCAUCAGCAGCAGCAAACGGGCCACCCUUCACCACCACCACAAGCCCAAUUGCAGCAACAGCCACAGGUGGCCCAGUGUCUGCAUCCACGACAAGCACCAAGUGUAUCGUCACUAGAGGGAAAAAACGAUAAUAUACAGAACGUUAACUGGCAAGUUAAGGACAGUGUCAAGGGUACCAAGGUACACGGUAAAAGUACAGGGAAAAAUAGCAACAGGAUGCAGGAGCUCGAGCGUGAGCUCGAGCUCUUAAGAAAAGAGAGAGCGAGACUUGAGGCCGGUCUUAGGGAGUCCACACAUGAUGCUAAAUUACUUCAUGAACUUAAGACUGAACUUGCAUUUGUUAAGGAGCAACACACAUUAGAAGUCGAAAGACUGACUGAGGACAACCAGGUUCUCCGUGCUCGUCUCCGCGAUGUGGCCCACUCGCCCCUGUCCGACGCCGAGAAGCACCAACUCCUUCAGGACGCAGCUCGUGACGAGCCCCUAUUGCCCCCCGGUGAUCCAAAUACAGCCCCCUCCACAGACAAUCCGAGAUGCGCAACACCAGAAUGGGACAAGCGAUCCUCGAGUUCAGUGUCAGAAGUAUCGGUUGCUUGUUUGCAAGACAGAAUUCUCCAGAUGGAGGAGACACAUUACUCCACCAAUGAGGAGCUCCAGGCGACUAUCCAGGAGUUGAGUGAUCUCCAGGCUCAGCUCUCUGAACUCCAGACGGAUAAUGAGAGAUUGACUGAGGAGAAGGCAGUUCUUCUGGAGUCUCUCUGCAGGCAAACUGAGAAGUUGGAGGACUCUAGGUCCAAGGUUGACACUCUUCAGGGGCUUUUGUUGAGGGAGGAGAAGCCCCAGGACUCGUCGAAGGGCUACAACACUGAACGAGAGCAGAAGCUGGUGGAUCUGCUGAAAAGUGCCCAAGAGGAGCGUGAAUCUCUUCUCCAGAAGCUGGAGGAAUUGUCCAGUGAGUUGAAGGUCCUUCGCUCGUCGGCUGAAGCGAGCACUGGUGAGGCUGAACGUUUGGCUAAACGAGUCCAUCAUCUCGAGGUUGCGGUGGAGGCUGGGAGUGCUGAGAGGAAACAGCUUGAUGUGGAGCUUGUGGGGGCCAGGCAGGAGAGUGCUAACAGGAAUAUUGAGAUCAGCAGGUUGGCAACUUUGUUGGAAAAUGCCAGGGCGAAGAUUGAGGAGCUCGAGCAGAGCAGACAGGUGGAGAGCAAGAGUGAGGCCGAUGAGUUGCUGGAUGCUGCUAGGAGGGAGAAGGAUACUCUGGAGACACAGGCUGCUGCACUUCAGGAGCAGCUCGCCAGGAGCCACUGCGAUCAUGACAGGCUGAGGGAUCAGUACUCACAGUUGCAAGAGGAGUGUAAGGUUACAAGAAACAACGCAAAAUCGGCGAUCGAUGAUCUAGAAUAUCGUUUGAGCCAGUUGAAAGAAGAGAGACUGUCGGUGAACACUGAACUGCAAUUGGUACGUGACUCACUGGCAGAACUUCAAGCCCAGUGUCAGAGGCACCUGGAGGACAAGCGCGAGCUGAAGGCAGCUCUGAGUGAGGCCCAGAGGCGUGAACGAGAGGCCCAGCUCCGUCAGUAUGAGCUCGAACGGAGUCUCAAUGAAGAGAAGAAGCUUAGGCAGAGUGAGAGCGCUGAAUGGGAGCAGUUCCAGAAUGAUUUACUGAUGACUGUCAGAGUUGCCAAUGACUUCAAGACUGAGGCCCAGUCGGAGCUGGAGAGGGUUGUCAUGGAGAAUAAAACACUGAGGGACAGACUCAGGGCCCUGGAGGGACAGGUGGAAAAGCUUAAUAAAGCACGAUCGGAGUUGUCAACCCCUCCAGACCCCAAAACCGACCGAAAGAACGUAAUCUUCCAGAGAGGAAGAACAAUCCUCCGUAAAAGAAGUGUCGAAGACCUGAAACUCACGGAAAAUAACUCCUCAAAACCAACGAAACACAAACGAAGUGCAUCAACUUCUCAGCAUGAAGUCAAAGAGAACCCGCCAAUUUAUCGAAAUCUUUCGUAUCCAAAUCUUCUGGAGUCAUCUUUGGAUCCAAAAAGUCCCCCAAAGCUCUAUCAGUUGGACUUGAACCACGAAAAAACUCGAGAAAAGUCGAAAAAUGUCAAAAACAUGAGCAACUCUUGUCUGGAAUCCAUCCAAGGAAUCCAGGGAAUCGACGAAAAUUCCUAUUGGCUCCACGUAUCCAACUCUAAGUUCCUUGUUCCUCGAACAAACGCACAACCAAGUGUUGGAAGAUCAAUGGAUGACUUGAGAUUCCAAGUUGAUCCUGAGAUGACGAGAAUCUUACGUCAGAGUUUGGAAAAAAAAUCACAGAGUGAAAAUAAUAUUAACCAGACCUCGGGACAGGGAUUAUCGUUAUUAAUGGCCCAUAAAAAUUUUGAUGACGAUGUAAUUGAUAAGACAGUGGAGGCUAAGCCAAUCGUUAUUGAUAAGAGAGGAGCAGUGAAGGAUUAUUCGAUAACCACUGAGUUGAGUAAUCCUAAUCCACAUUUGAUUAUGAAUCCGAAACUUUACGUUCCUCGAUUGUCUUUGGAGAAUAUAGAUUGUGAAUCAUCGGAUGAUUUUUCCGAUGAGAUCAAGGAACGUAAACCGAAGAAGUCUGUGAGGUUUGUUGAAUCGAAUGAGAAAACAGAUGAUUCGAAAUUUUUGGAUAAAUCCAGGGGGAAUGGAGCAUUGAAGGAUGAAGUGGUGAUCAGUCAGUCGAAUUAUCUGAAGAGAUCUAUUGAUGAAUCUCGGAGGGAUGGAAAAUCUUCGAAUUUUGGAGGGUUUGAUGGAGAAUCGAGGGAUAACAAGUGUUUUAGAUCGAUUAAUUAUGGAUUGCCAGAAAAAUCGAUGGAUUCUGACUGCAUGAAAUUGGAAAAUUCACCUCGGGACAUCGGAGUUGAAAGCUCGAGCCCAGAAUCCACUGACUCAAGUGUUUUUACAUUCGAUCCACCAAUCGUAGAUUCGAAAGAGUCGAGUGAUUCCAAUGAGAAGUUGAAAGGAAAUAAAAUAAACACUGUAAUAAAUAAUGACAGAGGCUCUAAUAUAAAUAGCAAGAGGCCGUCUACUUCACCAAGGGAGUUUGGGCAUUUUGAAAAAUCCGUGGGGAGCGAUAGAGAUAAAUCAAUCGCAUCGCCGUUGAAAAGUUUAGAUAGGAGCCACAUAGUACUUCAGGCAGAUGCAUCUCAACGAAGAGUGAGAAAUAAAUUUAUGGGACGGACUUUAUCGUUGAGGGAAAAGUUUGAGUCUAUUUUGGAGGACGUUGAAUUGAGGCCUCAACCAAUGAUGGGAGCCAAUCAGAAAAAUCCCACACCCCCACCUCCUAGACCUGUGAGUGCACCUACGGAGACACAGCAGAGUGUUUUAACCAGUGUUCAGCAGGAAAUGGCAGCUAGGAGGAAGGCAAAUAUUUCGCGACAGGAUUCUAGACUCUCAGUUAAAUGUUUGAUCGAGAGUAUUGAAAACGCCACUAAACAAGCCAAAGCUGGUCCAGGUAGUCGAAGUAGCUCUACUUCGUCGUUGAAUUCCAUUGGGACCAAUGAUAUUUUAUCUUUAAAAGCACCUCUGAGAGAUCAACAACAAAUUAAUAAUUUAAUUUGUUCUGCUAAUCCUACUAAUAAUAAUAAAACACAAUCUACAGGCAAUAGGAAAUUAACAUUAUCAGAAUCUCAAAAAUCGUCAGGCCCAGUGAGCCUGAGCCCCGGUGAACUCCUUGACUCAGCAGCUCUCAAUGCAAAAGCCAUUGACUUUGUGCGAAGGAACAGUGUCACUGAUCUCUCUGAACGUAAAGAUCCACUAUGUGGACUCGUGAAGAAUGGAGGAUCUAAGCGCAACGCCUUACUGAAGUGGUGUCAGAAUAAAACUGUUGGCUACAGAAACAUUGAUAUCACCAACUUCAGUAGCUCCUGGAACGAUGGGCUAGCACUGUGCGCUAUUCUUCACUCUUAUUUACCUGAUAAAAUACCGUAUGACUCACUGAGUCCGUCUGAAAAACGCAGGAACUUUUCACUGGCAUUUUCUGCAGCCGAGAGCGUUGGUAUCCAAACAACUUUGAAUAUUGGAGAUAUGUGUCAACUAGAACGUCCCGACUGGCAGCAAGUGAUGACCUACGUAACGAGCAUCUACAAACACUUUGAGACAUGAGCAUGGAACAGCAUUGAAAUUUUACGCUAUAUUUAAAUUUUAUUUUGAGUGAAAGAUGGCAUCUAGUCAAUCGAAACUCUGAAGAUCGAUUUGAAGCUAUGAAAUAUGAAUGGAGAAAGGCAAAAAAUAACGAAACACUGAGAAGCAUGUGCCGUGCGCCAUAAGAAAUAUGACUAACUUCUUUUUUAACUAAAUGAGACUGAUAAAAACACCGACUACAUGAAAUGUAUUUCGAUAAUAUUUUGUCGUCCACAUGUAUGGACAGGACAACGAUUUAUAAAAAUGUCUUCACGUAAUUGCUUAUUCCGUUGAAUGUUUGUCAGAACAAAUGAGAAGAGAUUGUUCUGUAGUGCAGUGGUAAAACGUAACCAUUUAAUUUUUCAUCUUUUAAUUAUGAAAUUAUCUUUAAAAAACCGUGGUUUUAUAAAAAAAUAUCAGAAGAACUUUUUGAUUGGUCAGAAAAUUUUCCGUCAAAAACGGUCAUUUCACAUUUUCCCCUAAAUACAGGGUGGAACGUAAGAUAUUUGUUAUCUAUCCGAUUGUUUUUGUAAGCAGUGAUUUUAGAGAGCCUCAAGACGAUCGUUUUUUCUGCUGAGGAAAUGCUCUAGAAAAGAUGCUUCUUGGUAUUUCCUUCCUAACCCAGUUAUUACCGAGAUAAUUACGUUUCACCACUUCAAUGCAGAUCAAUCUUCGAGAAAAUUGAUUGAUUGUGUAAUAUGAGUAUUCUUUUAUCGUAUUAUUUUUAAUUUAAUCUGAGUUUUUUCGCCCCUAUAAAAUUAGUAAGUAGCAUGUCAUUGAUGAAGAAGAAUGGAACAAACUGUAUAGGAAUUGGAUAGUCUUAAGGCACCUAAUUUAUUGUAUUUAGUCACAUUUAGUAUUUUUAAUUGAAUAAUCCCCCACAGAUGAAGAUUUAAAUGAGUUCGAUUAUGUUUACUUAUUGGAUUGAGGCUAUUUUCACAAUUUUUUUGAAUGGAUUUGAAACUUUUUUUUCUUCUAAUUUCAAGUGUAAUUGUUCACGAUCCUUUGAUAAUUAAGAACUCUGUGAUAUAGUAUUUAUUGUUAAUUGAAUUGUUCUAUGCCUAUGAUGUCCCCCCACGAUUGAUCCGAUUGGAUCGUUAUAUUUUAUUAUACAGAAUUAAAAUAUAUUCAUUGAAUAAAUAAUGCAAAUGUGAGCUGUAA